CUGGGAGGCGUCUCCGGCGCGGACCUUGGAGAAUCUGGCCGCCAACCUGCGAGCCAGUCUUGGUCCCCGAGGCCGGCUGAGGCUCGGAGCCAUCCAGCGACUCGGCGAGCGGCCUCAGGUUCUGCCAUAGAGUGAAGCACCUGGAGGGCGGACCCCCACCCAAGUCCAGGUCCCGUGGGUCCCAGGAAAGGGGGCAGAGCUGCUUCCUUAUCCCUAGCUCAGGCCCCGCCAUGGGGAAGACCAACAGCAAGCUGGCCCCAGAGGUGCUGGAGGACCUGGUCCAGAACACCGAGUUCAGCGAGCAGGAGCUGAAGCAGUGGUACAAGGGCUUCCUGAAGGACUGCCCCAGCGGCAUCCUCAACCUGGAGGAGUUCCAGCAGCUCUACAUCAAGUUCUUCCCCUACGGCGACGCCUCCAAGUUUGCCCAGCACGCCUUCCGCACCUUCGACAAGAACGGCGACGGCACUAUCGACUUCCGGGAGUUCAUCUGCGCCCUUUCGGUCACUUCCCGCGGCAGCUUCGAGCAGAAACUCAACUGGGCCUUUGAGAUGUACGACCUGGACGGCGACGGGCGCAUCACGCGCCUGGAGAUGCUGGAGAUCAUCGAGGCUAUCUACAAGAUGGUGGGCACCGUGAUCAUGAUGCGCAUGAACCAGGAUGGGCUCACACCCCAGCAGCGUGUAGACAAGAUCUUCAAGAAGAUGGACCAGGAUAAGGAUGACCAGAUUACUCUGGAGGAGUUCAAGGAGGCGGCCAAGAGCGACCCAUCCAUCGUGCUGCUGCUGCAGUGUGACAUGCAGAAAUAGAGAGUGGAGGCUGGUGAGGGGCAGGGCCCCCGGCCAGGAGAAGCGUGGCCUCCUCCCAACCCCAUGAUAUCUCUGGCUGGCCCUUCCCCAGGGGGAGGGGUACUCCAGCUUCACCCUCUGGCCCACCCACCCCUCUGUGCAAGCCCUUGCUCCCUCAGUCAAGAUCUUUGAGGGACCACCUCACCCUGGAAAAGAGAUCCUCAGGUAUCCUGUGGUCUAGCACCACCCCCAGUCUUGGCCCAGAACUAACACCCACUGGGCAUAGGGGAGUUGGCUUUUGCCCUUACUGGUAGGGUUAAGGAGGGAGGAUGGUGUUCUGCUUUGAAAGUCUGUUCUUCCUGGGAUUACACUUUAUAGAAUGUGGUCCCACACACCCCAGUUAAAGGGCCAGAUUGGCUCUGUCCUGUGCUGAAGACCUAGAUCCCUUAAAGGUGGUCUCUGCCCUGCCCCCUCGACUCUACCCUUCUGGCCCCUGUCUUUGGAGCAUUCAUUCAGUCCUUUCUUCAGCUAAUACUUACUGAGCACCUGUUCGAUGCCAGGCACCUGCAGGUGCUAAGGAUAUGGUGGCCUACAAGACACAUUUUGUGUCCUCUGGAAGCUCCUAGAGCAGUGAGGCGGGCUUCCAGUGGUCAGAGUCACAGAUGGGAAUGUCAAACACAGCUGAGCCGAGGGUGCGGUAAAAGCUGGUUAACUUGAGAGGAGCUAUUAUACUGAAUCUUUCCACUCAGUCCUACACAGAGCCGCAGAAGUAUGAAAUGAAAAGUGUUUGGAGGUCUAGGAACCAUGUGAGUGGAAGUUUUAAGAAAAAUUUAAAUUUAUGUAAUACUUAUUUUUUCAGUACCCUUAAAAGGAGCUGAAGUCAUUUAUUAGUUUAGGGUAUUAAAACAUACUUUAUAUUACUCGAUUUCUUAUAAAGUGAUCAAAUGAAUGUAGAAAUGCCACUUUUCACAGGGAAAAAGAGCUGAGAAAAAAGGAGGGAAAAUACCACUAAACUCACCAGAAAACACCUUAUCUUAUCAGGCUAAAUCCUCAGCUGCGCCAUCAGCAGCUUUCUUUCUGAUGAUCUCUUUCAGCACAGUGAACAACGCUGUUGCACACUCCCCCUGGUCGGGUGCUGUCUGCAGAAACACACACACACACACACACACACACACACACAAGAUUUGCCAAGAUCGAGGCUGUGCCUUUCCCACAUCUUGGUAGUUCCUUGGUAGAUUUGGUCUACUUUCAAGGAUGGGCUUGUUCUUUCACUGCUACAGAAGCAGAAGGAGCUAGAAGAAGAGGAAGGACCACCUGGCCACUCUUUAGGCUGCCAGACUGCGUUUAUGGGCCAAAUGCUUAGAAACAUACUAGGCAUGCUCCAUUUGAAAAGCUUUCUCUAACCCCAAAUCCGAAAUCUGCCAGGUAAUUCGUCUUCUCAGCGCACUGGCUUUGCUUUCCAGCGUCUGCUUUCUGAUUCUGGAUCCAUGAGCUAUACAGCUGCAUGCUUUGCUAGAAAACUCAUCUUGCUUCUUCAAGUCUUUCACUUUACACUUUCCUGUACCUGUGGUCAGAAAUUAGCUUUGACAUGCAAUGACAGUUGAUUUCCUCUUGAACCGCUAGUGAAAACAGUCUAGUACACAGGUGCUGCCAGCCCAGGGUGGGAGCAGGGAGUGGUUGCUGAGUCAGGGGUGUGUGGCUUGUAACAGCAGGAAAGCAAUGCAGCAUGCAUUUUACUUCUAGGUGUUCACCUUCCCUCCCUCUCUGCAGGUGGAAACUCUAGGGCACAGGUGGCAAACACAAAGUCCGCAGGCCAAAUCUGGCCCUCCACCUUGUGUUAUCCUGCCCGGCACC